UUCACGCAAUCGCUGUGGACGAUAUGACACGCGCGCACUCUAGCUAUAGCUGCAGACGAAAUCUGCAGGCACUCUGGACCUUUGGAACGCAUCGUCACGCGAUAAAGUCGUGCGUUGUGACUAUCACCAUCAGGCGUAGUCGUUACGUAAGGAGUGCAUGCUGACAGAUUAUAACCUUCAGUGGUUAACCCGCCGAGGACAGUAUGAUUUUGCGUUGACAUCGAGAAUCUUGCAAUUUUUACGGUAGUGCGAGUGAUCAUUAUUAGAUUACCACUAUGUGGAUUUGCAUUAGUAAGAAAGCGGCGCGAGCAGGCGCUCAAAUAAUCAGACAAGCCUCAAACUUUGCCGACGAUCUUGGGGAAAGUCUCAUCGAGGCUAAGAAAAGAUUCAUCAAUGAUCAGGACAACAAAAAUAAUGUACGGUCUUUGAAAAUCGCUAUAUUAGGCCUACCUAAUGCAGGCAAAAGUACUCUUAUUAAUCAUCUUGUUGGCAGGCCGGUAUGUGCAACGUCAUCAAAAAUACAUACAACAAGGAACAAGGCUGCAGCAGUAUGUUACGUAGAUAACACACAACUGAUAUUUAUCGACACACCUGGUUUAGUUGGUAGAGGUGAUUUGAAAAAAUACAAAUUGGAAGAAAGUUUUAAGAAAGAUGCUGAAAAAUCUAUACAACAAGUAGAUGUUAUUGGUGUUAUACAGGAUAUGACCCGUGUCACGGCUAGAGAAUCGAUUAAUGAAAAAUUGAUCAAAUUACUUUCUAAAACCAAUACCAAAUCAAUACUCAUUUUAAAUAAAAUUGAUACAUUAAGAAAUAAAAAAUUGUUACUGGAGAUUGUAAGAAAUCUGACUCACAAGGAUGUUUGGCCUUAUUUUUCAGAUGUAUUUAUGAUUUCUGCUCUGACUGGAGAUGGAGUUGAUGAUUUAAAGAAUUACUUUGUUGAUUCUGCAUUGCAAAGAGAUUGGGAUUAUAAUAAGAAAACAUUUUCGGACCAAUCACCUGACACCAUUGUCAGGCAAAUAGUUAAAGCAAAAUUAUUAGACAAUCUUCCUCAAGAAAUGCCAUACCAAAUAAAUGUUUGUGUUGAACACAUAGAAUCCUGUGAAGAUGGUAGUAUAAAUGUUGUAACAAAUGUUGAUUGUCCUUCGGCGAGAAUCGCUAGAUUAGUUAUUGGCCAAUCUGGAGAGCGCAUCAAGAAUGUUGCAGCUCAAGCUGAACAAUUACUAUGUGCAACAUUUCGCACAACUAUAAGGUUAAAAAUAGCAGUUCCUAUCAAAGAAGAACCAGAAUUGAAAAAAAAAAACAAAGCUUUCAGAUGAAUUCUAUUGCAAUUGUACAAAAUUUUACGAAACAGUUGUAUUUAAGUUAAAGGCAUUUUUCUGUAUAUUGUUAUUCUUUGGAAUACAUUUAACAUCG